GAGUGAACUUUCAUCCUUUAUCACCUCUCCUUACCUGCUUUUCCUUUCCAAGGCACACUCUUAUUUUCGUUUUAUUUUAAAAUAUUUUCUAUUUUUUGAUGCUCAGUUACUCUGGCUACAGUCAAACUGCACUAAUCUGCUGCUGGCUGGGCUCUCUCUGGAGCUUUGUCUCUAGCUGUUCCUGACAGAGGCUUGUGCUGUGCAGCACAUCUCGUCCUCUUUGUUCAGCCUCUGGCUUCAACCACUGAAUCCCAAAUACUCUCCAGCUGGGAAUCAGAGGAGGGCAGGAAUGAAGAACCCAGAAGCCCAACAGGAUGUUUCCGUUUCCCAGGGUGUUCGCAUGAUGUUUUACAUGAUGAAGCCCAAUGAAACUUCAUUCCAAACUCCAGAAGAGGUGCCUGAUUACGUAAAAAAGGCUACUCCAUUUUUCAUUUCCUUUAUGCUGCUUGAACUGGUCAUCAGCUGGGUUUGCAAAGGGAAGCCAUUAAGUCGCGUGGAUGAUGUUUUAACAUCCUUAUCGGCUGGUAUUCUGUCUCGGCUUCCAAGCCUGUUUUUCAGGAGCAUUGAAGUGACCAGUUACAUUUAUAUCUGGGAGAACUAUAGGUUCUUCAGUUUGCCUUGGGAUUCUCCAUGGACUUGGUAUCUCACCUUUUUAGGAGUAGACUUUGCCUACUACUGGUUUCAUCGCAUGGCCCAUGAGGUUAACAUUAUUUGGGCUGGACACCAAGUGCACCACAGUUCUGAGGACUAUAACUUGUCCACAGCACUGAGGCAAUCUGUCCUCCAGAUAUAUACUUCCUGGAUCGAACCCAGUGCCUCACACAUGGGAGUUCCUCACAUGUGCCAGAUUUUCUACUCUCCCAUGGCCCUCUUCAUACCACCCUCUGUAUAUGCUGUUCAUCUUCAGUUCAAUCUACUUUACCAAUUUUGGAUCCAUACUGAGAUCAUCAAUAACCUUGGUCCUUUGGAACUGAUUCUUAAUACUCCUAGCCAUCAUAGGGUUCAUCAUGGCAAAAAUCGUUACUGCAUAGACAAAAACUAUGGUGGCACUCUUAUCAUUUGGGAUAGAAUUUUUGGGACUUUUGAAGCAGAGAAAGAAAGAGUUAUAUAUGGUCUUACACAUCCAAUUAAUACCUUUGACCCACUCAGGGUGCAGUUCCACCAUUUAUUUUACAUUUGGACUACAUUUUGGGCUACACCUGGAUUCUUCCAUAAGUUUUCUGUGAUAUUUAAAGGACCUGGUUGGGGUCCAGGUAAACCAAGACUUGGGCUGAGUGAAGAGAUCCCAGAGGUUACAGGAAAAGAAGUUCUCUUCUCAUCAUCUGCCUCUCAGUUAUUAAAGAUAUACACAGUUGUACAGUUUGCUGUGAUGCUAGCAUUUUAUGAAGAGACCUUUUCAAAUACUGCCGCACUAUCACAGGUAACUCUCCUUCUGAGGGUUCUCUUCAUCAUCCUGACCUUGACCUCCAUUGGAUUUCUUCUGGAUCAAAGACCUAAGGCAGCUAUUAUGGAAACUCUCCGUUGCUUGGUGAUCCUGAUGCUGUACAGAUUCGGUCACAUUAAGCCUCUUGUCCCCGCCUUGUCAUUUGUUUUUGAGAACUAUACUGCCAUCAUUUACACUGACACAGAAAAAUUGAACUGCUAUGGGAUGCGAGUAAAUUUGCAACAUGAGGACAGUAGAGUCUGGAUCUUCAUUCCAAAUUCUAGGCCACAUGUACCAACUCAUAUAUAGGAAUUGACUUUGGAAAUUUUUUAUUCCAUUUGCAUAACAUUCUGGGGAGUAAGAAGCAUGAAACUUCUUGCCACUGGUCCUGGGAAAUAACCUAAGUGUACACAGCACUCUUGUUUUAAUCAAUUUUCCAUAGCCACAACAUACUUUCACUGAAUAUGGAAAUGCAAUUAUCUUAUACAAUGCUUAUAGGGAUGAUUUCUCUAAUGAAAAGUAAAUGUACUUACUUAUCCUUGCUUUUUACAUUUAUUAUUUUCUAUUAAAGUCAAUUAACAAUUACUUUCCUUUUGCUCUACCAUUGAAAAGCAAAUGAUUUCAAAUAUACUGAUGUUAUAUUUACUGGUACUAUCUAUGACAAUGCAUAUAAGAAGAAGGGAGGAAAUUUACCAACAGUAAAGAGGAAUGGAUAUUGAAUUUGUAUUGUUCUAUUGUUGGAUGCUCUUUUUUUUUUUUGAUGUUUGGUAAAAUUAUACUUAAUACAGAUUUGUAGUCAAAAAGACAUACUACAAUAGUUAUCUGCCUAGGACUGCAUUUGCCUUUGCAAACUAUGUAAUGCCAAGUGUCAUGAUGCAGAAAAACAUCAUUGAAAUGGAAAUGAAUGAAUAUGACAGAAUUGGUUUGUUCAACAGACUAAUUUGUGAUACAUAUGUCUAAUAUGUUUGCUCAAUUUUUUUGGAAGAUUGAGGAGCAUGAAGUAAUUCUAUGUUAUUAAAAAUUGUCAAAAUAUUGUUAAUAAAAUUCUCUAAGUAAAUCUGCACAA